AUGGCUGCUGGGGCUCCCUCAUCCAGCCCCAGUCCUAUCCUGGCUGCGCUACUCUUCUCCUCCUUGGCGCUCUCCCCUGUCCAGGCCAUUGUGGUCUACACGGACAAGGAGGUCCACGGUGCCGUGGGCUCCCAGGUGACCUUGUACUGCUCCUUCUGGUCCAGCGAGUGGGUUUCAGAUGACCUCUCCUUCACCUGGCGCUACCAGCCCGAAGGGGGCCGUGAUGCCAUCUCGAUCUUCCACUAUGCCAAGGGACAGCCCUACAUCGAUGAGGUGGGGACCUUCAAAGAGCGCAUCCAGUGGGUAGGGGACCCUUACCGGAAGGAUGGCUCCAUUGUGAUCCACAACCUGGACUACAGUGACAACGGCACUUUCACCUGUGACGUCAAAAACCCACCAGACAUAGUGGGCAAGACCUCUCAGGUCACGCUCUAUGUCUUUGAAAAAGUGCCUACUAGGUACGGGGUGGUGCUGGGAGCCGUGAUCGGGGGCGUCCUGGGGGUUGUGCUGUUGGCGCUGCUGCUCUUCUACCUGAUUCGGUACUGCUGGCUCCGAAGGCAGGCGGCCCUGCAGAGGAGGCUCAGUGCCAUGGAGAAGGGCAAAUUGCACAAGGCUGCGAAGGACUCUUCAAAGCGCGGCCGGCAGACGCCGGUGCUGUAUGCCAUGCUGGACCACAGCAGAAGCACCAAAGCUGCCAGUGAGAAGAAGGCUAAAGGGUUGGGGGAGUCUCGCAAGGAUAAGAAAUAG